AUGAGUUUUCUUUCCAAACUUUCACAAAUACGAAAAUCAACGACUGCAUCAAAAGCUAAAGUUCAAGAUCCAUUACCAAGAAAGAAUGACGAAGAAUAUUCUUUGCUACCCAAAAACUAUAUAAGAGACGAAGACCCUGCAGUAAAGAGAUUGAAGGAGCUAAGGCGGCAGGAGCUGUUAAAAAAUGGUGCUCUGGCUAAAAAGAGUGGUGUAAAACGGAAGCGUAACAACUUGUCUGGAUCUGAAAAGAUAAAAGCGGAAAGGAAUGAUGAUGAUGAAGGUGGCCUUGGAAUAAGGUUCAAAAGAUCUAUUGGAGCCAGUCAUGCUCCACUAAAGCCAGUCAUGAGAAAGAAGCCUGAACCUAUCAAAAAGAUGUCCUUUGAAGAGCUAAUGAAACAAGCUGAAAAUAAUGAAAAACAACCUUCAAAGGUUAUGUCACCGGAACCCGUGGUUAAGGAGCGUCCACAUUUCAACAAGCCUGGCUUUAAAAGUUCAAGAAGGCCACAAAAGAAGUUAUCUCCUAGUACACCGUUGCGUGGAACACCUUCUAAAGAUAAAGGCAUGAAAUUAUCAGAAUCACCCAAGCCCGUUAGACUCAACUUGCCCACGAAUGGACUUGCUCAACCUAAUAGGAGAUUAAAAGAAAAACUGGACUCUAAAAGACAGAAAUCAAGGUAUCAAGAUAACUAUUACGAAGAAGAUAAUGAUAUGGAUGAUUUUAUAGAAGAUGAUGAGGAUGAGGGCGAUCAUCGCAGAUCAAAACAUAACAAUGGCCCUGGGUAUGAUCGCGACGAAAUUUGGGCCAUGUUCAAUAGAGGCAAAAAACGCUCAGAGUACGAUUACGAUGACUUUGAAGAUGACGAUAUGGAAGCUAAUGAAAUGGAAAUUCUAGAAGAAGAAGAAAUUGCCAGGAAAAUGGCAAAAUUAGAGGAUAAACGGGAAGAGGCAUGGUUAAAGAAGCAUGAAGAAGAAAAAAAGCGUCGUAAGAAAGGUAUUCACUAA